UGCAUCAGUUGUGGUCAGCAGCAAAAUCAAGUGAAUCAUCUCAGUGCAACUAAAGGCCUAAAUAGCCCAUACCUACCUUUUUUGUAAACAAGUGAACAAGUUCGAGGAAAUACAACUCAAUCAAGAUGCCUUGCCCAUGCGGAAGCGGAUGCAAAUGCGCCAGCCAGGCCACCAAGGGAUCCUGCAACUGCGGAUCUGACUGCAAGUGCGGCGGCGACAAGAAAUCCGCCUGCGGCUGCUCCGAGUGAGCUUUCCCCCAAAAAAGAUCUGGAGUAGAGGCGCUGCAUCUUGUCUCUCUACACACCCUGCAAUAAAUGUCCAAUUAAAGUAAUUGAUGCCUAACUGCGUCUUUUCGGGUUGCAUAAUCAAUUGGUCUGCGGCAUUCUAGGUUAGAUUCGCUUUUAUUGGAGGUAGCUUCUAGCUACGUGGUCGGCAAUAUGCGUCGUGGAAAUGGGAUGGUCAAGUGUUUUCCACAAUGUGCAUAUACAUAUGUACAUAACACUAAAGUCAGUUGAGCAAUAUGGUAAUCUGAGAUGCCUCACUUCUGAAGCGACUGAGGGAUUGAGUUUCAAAGCACAGCGGCUUGAACUCAUGACUUGUAGAUAAAAAUACAGUUGCGGGCGUUAGAAUAUAGCCGCUAUCGAAUGGAUAAUAUUAAAGAAUACUAGCUUUAGAAAUAAUAAAAAUAUAUUACCCUAUC